AUGACGUCGGAUGGUGAAGCUCAGAUGGAGGACCAGCAACCGCAGCCAGUGGAGGCGGAGAGGUGCGUGCAAACACGGAAAACGCGGAAUGAUGGUCAAGUGGAGGAACAAGAAACGCGGAUCGACGUCCAAGAAGAGGUGUGGGACGUGGGGGAAAAGAUCCAUGAUAUGGAUGUAACAAUCGAGUAUAUGACCAAGGAUUUGCAGGACAUUGAAGCGGAAUUGCGGGAAAGAGGCGAGCAACCAGAUAUGGCCGUGGUCGAUGCAGUGGGGGAGUAUGUACCUGCGGGUUAG